AUGGCGGUUUUGAAGCGCCUUAACUGCUCAAGCGCAGGGGGCGCACUGACUGAGGAAAACAAUUUCCCUCCCCUUCCUCGGUUUAUUCCGCUCAAGCCAUGUUUUUAUCAGGACUUCAACGAGAUCCCAGACCAACGUCGCACAAUGUGCAAGCGACUGUACUACCUAUGGAUCUUGAACAGUGCCACUCUGGCUGUAAAUCUGAUUGGUUGCUUGGCAUGGAUGUGUGGUGGGGGAGGGGCUACUAACUUUGGGAUGGCCAUCCUGUGGCUGAUCCUCUUCACACCCUGUUCCUAUGUGUGCUGGUUCAGGCCUAUCUACAAGGCCUUAAAGACUGAUAGCUCCUUCAACUUCAUGGCUUUCUUCUUCGUGUUCAUGGCUCAGGUUGUGAUCAGUAUUAUCCAAACAGUGGGAAUCCCAGGUUGGGGAGUGUGUGGCUGGCUAGCUACCAUCACUUUCUUCAGCACUAACAUUGGCUCUGCAGUGGUCAUGCUGAUUCCUACUAUAAUGUUCACUGCCGUGGCUGUUCUCUCCUUCAUUGCUCUCACUAAGGUCCAUAACUUCUACCGUGGCAGUGGGGGAAGCAUGAGCAAGGCUCAGGAGGAGUGGACCACCGGUGCCUGGAAAAACCCCCAUGUCCAGCAGGCAGCUCAACAGGCAGCUAUGGGGGCAGCUCAGGGGGCCAUGCAACAGCAGUAUUCUGCCGCUCCCACUUACAAUUACGACGACCCCAUGUAG